GAAGAACUGAGCCAGCUAACAGACUGGUUGCACAGCAGCAACAUUAAUGAUGCCUUCCACUUAUGGGAGUUCCUGCUAUUGUGCAUGCUGCUUCACUGUGCCUGUAAAUGACACCUAAUGGAACCGAGCCGUCAUUACCGUUUAUUAAGUUAAGUCCACCUAUGUUUUCCCUGCUUUCAGUCACAAUGUCAGCUGUGCAACCAGUCUGCUGGCUGUGGGAUGAAUUACUUCUUAUGUUAAGUCACAGUAAAAUAUCUACUUACUCUAAUGUUACACAAGACUGUGUUACCAUGCAGCGAUACUAAGACCCUAAUUUCCUCUAGACCACACAGUACAAGACUGUACUUGACUAGAACACACUACACUGAGCUAUAAAAAUGUGAGUAUUCUGUAGUUAUUAAUAUCCCCGGGUCUGAACGUGGUGCUGAAAGUUUUCAAACUCCAGUUCUAGUCAGCUGUUCCACUGUGGCUGCUUUCUGUAAACAGGUUACCAUAGCAAGGAAAGAGGGAGGGAGGACACAGGGAGAAGGGUUUUUCCAGCCAGACGCUGGCAGUUACAUCAUGUGGCUGCAGUGGGGCGGUGUGGGCCUGGCAGGUGGUUACCAAACUUCUUUCUAGAAGAAGAAACAUUUGUGAAGUUUCCAUGAGGAGCAGCAGGUUUUGGAUGAGCCUGUGAGAACCAGAAGAAUCUGAACCAGAAUCUGGACAGUGAGCAGCUCUAACAGAGCUGUUGGGUGGAAGUGUGUAGUGCCUUGUCUUGAUCUUCUAGGAACUUCACAUAUUGCUUAAGGACAUCACGACAGAAGAAACACUCAUUGUGGUGGUGACUGAGCUGAGCCCUGGACACUCUGCACGUCGUCUGACGUAUCAAGGACCAUGCUCUACCUAAAGAAAUACUUCACGGAGGGCCUCAUCCAGAUGGCCAUCCUGCUCAGCCUGUGUGGAGUGAGGGUUGACGUGGGACUGGAACCCUACCUGCCUCCCAGCUGGCAUGAGAUGAUCCUGGGUCCGACCGUAGCCCUGACCCAGACGCAGUUCCACAAUCUCCGCAAUCGUCUGGGAGAUGGUCAAGGCCUGCACCCCAAGAAUGUGGACCUAGACGGGUUCUUCACGACAAGAAGGCUUCUGGGCUGGGUCCACUCUCUCGACAGACUACAGGUUCCUCAGGCAGAGUUGGAGACGUGGCUGGUCCAGCGGGAGCCAGAUCCUCUCCCAGUGGGAUUUCCAGAUCAGGCCUCAACACUGGUGAGAGCACCUGCUGGGUUAGAGAGAGACCGAAUUUCCCCACCUGUGGAGUCCAGAGCUGCAAUUGUUACCCUGCAGAGAGAAGAAGAGGAGGAGGAAGAGGAAAAAGAGCAGGAAGGAAUGCACCAUGAGCUUCUUCACAGUGGUGCUCUGGAUGAGAGAGGAGAAGAGGAGGAGGAAGAGGAGGAAGAGGUGGAAGAAGACCUGACCAUCAUGCAUCGGCGUUGCAUGAGGGCAGCGGAAGGACGAAGACCAGAAGGUUCCUACGGCUGUGCUAAUAACAGAGAGCUACCUCAGAAUGAAGUAGAUCAGACUUCAUUGUCCCUCCAAGAGUGUUUGAGGCUGUUGGAGGAAACCUUUCCCUUCGCAGAAGGACCUCAGUUACGUGAUGGUGGUAGAGAGAGAGACCUGGGGUACCAGUCCCCAGACAGGGAUCCCAUGCUGCCCCCUAUCAUCCCCACUGGAAACCCUUCCAUGGACAUGGAGCUCCACUGGGAGGACCUGUUGGCUAUCAUGGAGCCUGAGAAUACAGAUGUUGACAUGAUAACUUCACUUGACCACAACCGGAAUUCAGGAGCUCUUGGGGCUCUUCAGAGGGCCAGGCCUGAAGCUCUACAGCAAAACUGUAACGACCAGGACAACAACGUAAUAGAGGCUGAUCAGGAGGUCCUUCUAAUGGAGACUCCCCUGCAGCAAGGUUUGUUGGGGCCUCCAAACCACUCCGAGCCAGCCCUUUUUCAACUCACCCCAAGUGCAGAGUUGGAUGACCACGGUUCAGUCUUGAACGCAAGGGACACUUUGAGAAACUACAAUCCCUUGUACUGUCCUCCAGAUCACACAAACCUGCUUGCAGAAAAUCCUUCAGAUGACUGCCUGGGACUAAAUGCAGAAGAUAACUCGACUACCUUCAACAUAAAUUUGCUAACACCUGAACACCUUCCUAGCUUUGAUGUUAAUUUCCAUUCACGUGACUUAACACUUUCCAGUGCCACCCCAUCUCCAGAGGGGAAUGGUAUGACCCAAACCUGUCCGACAUCUCUUUCCAGUGUCUUCAUGAUUGGCGAGGAGGAUGUUGAGGAUGAAGAUGGUCUCCUUAGCCCACUUAGUGACCUCUUAGAGGAUUCUGCUAUCUUGGAUGAGAUUAGAUUGUUAGACCUGGCUCUGGAGGAGGGAUUCAGUCCUGAGAUGGCAGCCAGGCUGGAAGAGGAGGGCUACCUUGACCGUGAAAUAGCCCAACAGGUAACUGGCAGGGAUGAUGACCACUCCAGCACAGCGGUCACAGAAGAUCAGGGUCAACCACAAACACUUCAGCAAGACGGUGAGAAUGAGGCAGACUCAGACUCUGGUCUUUCUCUGGACUUCAGCCACAGUCCUGCUUCUCCAUGUGCUUCUGAGGCCUCUUCUUAUUCUUCUUCCUCCUCCUCCUCUUCAUCUUGUGUGUCAUUGGAGGGAAGUUUCUUCUCUGAAGACGAGGACGAUGUAGAGGAAGGGUUAGUUAGUUCAGGUAUGGAAGUGGAGGUGACCAUAAAGCAGGAGGAACUGGAUGAAGAGGAGAUGGGUGCAGUAGGAGGAAGGUAUCCUGAAGAUGUUAAAAAACCCUUUCCUCCAACUGGGAAUGGCAAGUUGUUUAAUGGCUUCUCUUGGCUGGAGCACAUCGGCCAUGAUCACACAUACAACCAGCCUUGGUCCUCCCUCUCCUCUCCAUCCAUAGACAAGAUGCCCACCAAACACACCAAAUCUUCCCCAGGACAUGACAUUGCCAAGCCUUACCGUCGCUCCUCUUCCAGACACAUCUCUGAGACCAAAAUGUGGGGCCGGGAUGAACGCCGUGCACGAGCCCUGAAAGUUCCUUUCUCCAAUGAGCUCAUUGUUAAUCUGCCAGUGGAUGAGUUUAAUGACUUAUUGGCCAGUUACCAACUCAAUGAGGAGCAGCUAACACUCGUCAGGGAUAUACGCCGCCGUGGUAAGAACAAGAUAGCUGCCCAGAACUGCAGGAAGAGGAAAAUGGAUGUGCUACUGGGAUUGAAAGAUGAUGUUUCAGGUUUAAGGCGCUACCGUUCGCGGCUGUUCCGAGAGAAACAGGAAGCCCUGAAGAAUCUUAAGGAAAUGAAGCGCCAACUGGGCGUGUUGUACCAAGAAGUCUUUUCUAGGUUGAGGGAUGAGGAGGGGAGGCCACUGGAUGCUACAGAUUACCUGCUUCAGUUUGAGCCCAGUGGUAGUGUUACGGUAGCUUCACGCCAACAAGAGGCAGCACUGCCACUGAGGAAAACGAGCAAGAAACAGAGAGACAAGAAAAAGUGAGGAGGUGGACAAGCCAUUAGAAAAUACUGGGAGAGUAAAGAGAUUCCUUAACGGGAAUGUGAUCGAAAGGACAAAUAAGCAGUAAAUACUGAUGAGCUGGUGAAUGAAGGAAAGAAGCAAUUCUUUAUCUGGUGUCAAUGGAAGGUGUUGAACGGUACCAUGAAAUCCUCAAACACCCACACAGAUGCCCUAAGAGGACAUGAUUAUCAUGAAGAUGAGAACAAAACCUCCAGGAUGUAUUCUCCACUCUUCAUCACAAACAUUUCUACACUGGAAAAGGACUUCAACUGUAGUUACACUUGAACGUACAAUAUGCUAGUUCAGUGCCUUAAAAGAGACUUAAAAAUACAGAGCUGAACAACAUGAACUGAUAGCAAGCUGGAUCCUAGCUGUCAUCUAAGUUAAACAUAGCCAGACAAUCACAGACACUACAAUGACUCUGAGCUACUAAGGGAGGGUUGCUGUUACGCAGGAAGGGAAGUUGUGCUAAUGCCCCCUUGAGCUGGUAGAAGUGCAGUAUAGCACUUAAAUACACUGCAGCAUGCUAAAGACUUGGGGUCAUGGGGAUCAGACCUAGGUAUGUUCAGUUCUCAGAUGGUACAGUAACCAUAGGCCACCCAACUGCCAAACUGAACCACGCUAUACACCAAAGCUCCAAGACAUUAGGUACCAUCACCCCUUCAAUUUUUAGCUAGACAGGACACCAUUUGGUUCAUUGUUUUAAGAGUGUAACAGUGAAUGAGCUAAAAACCGUUCACAAAAAGCAAAACUCUAUUUGUCUAUAUAAGCUAUAUGAAUAUGGUAACACUUGUCAGUAGGAUAUAUUCAUUGCUGCUUUUGGUCUCAGAGGAUUUGUUGAUAAUAAUAACAAGAACAGCAAAAAUAUGAAACAAUACCAGCCUUAUUCUUUAAGGUAUAUGUGGUCUUUGAGAACAAGGUGGGAUGAUGUGCCAUCAUGCAUUGUGAGUGAAAAAAGAAUAUGAAGAAUUUGGUCAAUUGAGCAUUUGGUGCUGUGUAAUUUUUUCACACCUGUGCACACAUGACCACUCACUGCAGAAAACUGGUAUGUCUGAUGAUUGCUGAUUUCAGUAAUUCCCCUUACCUCCAUGUACUGGCCUCAAGCAUGGGAGGAGUAGAGAACAAAAUGUACAAUUUAAGGCUUCAAGGUUUUGUGAAUGACAGACUGCAGCUGUCAAACAGUGGUGCCUGUAUUGUUUUUUUUGUUUGUUCUUGUGAACUUUAAGUGUGAUAGCUACGGGUUUCACCUAUGGCUUAAACAGAUAUCUCUUUGUGUAUUACUUAUGUAUUUUCAACGCAGCUAUGCGUCUGUGAAGCAUUGGAAAUCUAAGGCCCUGUACACAUCUGGUAUUAACAUUCCAACAGUCUUGGGUGAUGAGUAGAUCUAGUGGACAGCUCUAAGUGCAGGUGUGAAUGCAGCCAAGACUUACUGAGAUCCAGUUACUCCACAUUCGGAGGUACCAUCAAGUGACAUCCUUUGUGUAAGUGGAAGUACGUACUUGUACACAUGAAAUGCAAUGCAACAACAUCAGAAACCGGAUGAUUCAUUUCUCAACCAGAAACCGCAAAUUAUGUUUAUUUUCAUAUAGAAGGGAAGUGACACUAACCCAAAACACAAGCAUUAUAAUGCCAGGUGUAAAGUGUAAAAUAGUUAGAGCUGUCCACUUGUUAUUGGAUCACCCAAGACACAUGUUAAUUUCAGGUGUAAAGAGGGACUUUUUCUAUUCUGUUUGUUUCAAACAAGAUGGUGGGAUUCUGUGUUUCAAAUGCAGCUAAAGGGUAGUGCUACCCAAAAUGAUUGUAACGAGUUGUCAAACCUGGCAGCAUUUUAAGACUGAGGGUUAACACCCGUCAGAUGAAUGUACGUUUAACUGGUACACUACACUACAAUUAGAGCUUUAGCCUUUAAAGGCAGGAAAGUCUGGUUCCCAUCAUUUCCCCUAAAUCAAGGCUGAUUUGUGAAUUGUUAGCAUGUCACCCUCUAGUGGAUGUACACAUAGCUGAGUAAGACAGAACUUCAUAGAGACAUUUGACCUCUUGAUGCUAAGAAUUACACAUGUAUCUCUCUGAGCAAAUCUUCUGAUCUUUGAAGAAGUCAUGCAACUAAUAAUAAACUGUGUAUGAUAUUGGCAGAGUCAAUUUUUAAUUUCUCAGGAAUGAGCGCAGCCAGAACCUGCUUACAGUUAUUUUCUCUACAUGUGUAGUCUAAUCUCUGGAAAACACAGAUUCGUUUUAUUAGAGUUUUCAGGCAGAUUGUCACUGUGUCAUAUGAUACCUCAUUUUAGAAUCAAACUACUGUAUAUGCACGUGUCCCUGCCAGAUAUCUGUGUGGCAAAGAAAUGCAGUGGAAUGAAUUGGUCUCCAACAAAAUCCUGUCUUUCAAAUUUAUGAAGACCAAGUGUGAACUUUUUACCAUGUAAUAACCUGCAUGCGGAUCACCACCACUGAUGGAGCAAGCUGUUAUUUUUGUUGUUUAUAUUUUGUGAAUGCCCAAUGUACUUGCUGGUAUUCAAGGACUUGGGACCUUGCCUUUUGUAAUAUUAAAAAAAUCAAUAAAAAAAAUCUACAUUCUA